ACUGGAGCGAAAGAAAACAAAAGCAAACGUGAAUCAAAAGGCGCACGCGGCAAAAUGUAAAAACUUGCUUAUUGGUUUAUUUUUAACAGUUGCCGUCAUCGCGUUCACAUUUUGGCCGAUUGCUCGCGCGUCCCGUUUGCGUGUGUUAAUUAAAUUUAUUUCAGCCAUUGCCAAUUGCUGCGUAUAUUCGGCGGUAAUUAACGACCGAGAGCCCGCAAAGUCCAUAUAAAGUACGCGCCUGCAGUUAGCGGCACGAUUUCGUACAGUUCGGUCCAUCGUUUUUUUGGGGAAUUUCCACUGCAGCACGCCAUGGUUUUGACGAAUUUCGAGUGCUGGGCACAUGGUGAUCCGUCGGCAGCCGCCACUUUCGAAACCGAAAUGCUGCGUCCUUCGAUGGAUCCUUUCAAUCCACGCGCCGUCACUUUCAUGACCGAUGCCAACAACAACAACAAUAAUAACAACAACCACAUUGAGCCUGGGCAAGCGAUGCCGGAAGUCCUGCCCCUGGAAGUAAUGCGCUGCAAGAAACGCCUGAAUCCCGGUCAAAAUCCUGUCGAGGAUGCGGAUGUGGACCAGCCGAUGUACACCAAGCGGUGCCGCUACGACGAAGCCGAUCUGGCCGCCCAGUAUUGCAAUGAUUUCUUUUCCCUGCCUGCCACACAAUUAAUUGGAACACAGGCCUGUUUGAUGGAUUACGAGAUGCCGGCCACCGGCGGCAUGAUGAUGGAAUCAGACACGAGUUUUCCAGCACAGCAGCAGCAGCAGCAACAUCAUCAGUCGCAGCAGCAGCAUCAUCAUCAGCGCAUUAAUCAGCAUUUUCAAGAAUCCGCAGAGCACCGAUUGCCGCCAUCGCAAAUUUCAAGAAAAUCUAUAGAUCCCCUCAAGAAUAUCAAAUCAAAACCCAUAGGCAGCGAAGCCGAAGCGGACUUGUAUAUAGCCACACACGGCGGUUGUCUGCAUCACUUCCGAAAGCUCAGCGGGUCGGAGCUAGAGGAGUUUGAUAUCUAAGCAAUAGCCAAAUCAACUCCAAACGAGCAUUGUAAAUCCUAACCUAAGUAGUAAUAUAAGCUCUCGCUAAUCGCAACUUGAAGGUGCUUAGUAUUAGUAUUUGAAUUCUAAUAAACCAUAAGCUAUCAUUGCGAAGCUCA